CACAAUGACAGCCAUCUCUCAUGCACACCCACUCCCCUGCACUGUACAGUGUGUCCUCUGGCUCCAUGGUGGCCAUCACACUCAGAGUGUGUGUGUAAUGGUUGCGGAACUUGAUGGCUGCUAGCUGGCAUGUUUCAUUGAGCACUAGAUCUACUACUUUACAGCCGCUCUGAAGAGACCUCCCCUGGUAUACAGUGGUGACAGUGAACGGCUUGGAGAUAGUACAAGGUACUUGAAUAAGGUUGGACAUUGUGAAGUGGGUGGGCUGUUAUUGAAACCAUGGGUAAUCGAGAGAGCAGUCCAGCAGAUCAAGCAGUGGCAGGCCCGGCUCCAGUGGAGGCAGCUAGUCCACACACCGGCCAUUACAGAGCCCUCUAUGCUGACCUGACCUCUCCUGGCAGUCAGGGAGACACUGAGAAUAAAACAACAUUCAAAGAUCGUUUUGCCAGCUAUUUUGGUGGACCAUGUCCUGCCUUUGGAAAUGUCCUCUACGAAUAUCUGUUCUCGUCAGAAGAAGUUGUUCCUGAGGCAAUAUUCCUGGUUGCCAUGACGAAGCUGAGAGGAGCCUCGGGCAGCACUGACCACCAUACAGUGGAGAGAAUGUAUUUCUCAAUGUUCUCACACGCUCAGGACAACAUCAGCAGAGAAGAUCUGACCAGUCUCCUGGCUUCAGCUGCACUGUAUGCCCUGGUGGUAGGCAGUGAGCUCCAUGAGAAGGCCUCUCUCCCCAGGGACCACCCACUACUGUUAGCACUUGUACAAGCGGCUUGGGUCCAUGCACACUCAGAGGGGGUGCUCUCAGGGUCAGAGUUCAGUGUGUGGGUGUCUACUAACUGUCCACGACUCCUGGACGGUGUUAGGGAAUGGAUCAACUCCGUACUAACUCAGGAUGGUGGGACAUUGAUCUACCAGCUACCAUCUCCACAUACUGGCAAGGACCCCCCUCUUCAGCGACAGAUUGACCUUUGUACUCUUGUGUGGGUGCUCUCCACGACGCUACCAAUGCUUUAUAUGGGGCACAGAGGUGAAAGUUCAAAGGACAAGGGAAAGAUUGGACUGCUGCCGGUGGGUGGUGAAUGGACUUGCCUGUACUCCAGUGACAGUCAUGGCUUGAGCAUGAACAGGUUCCAGCAUCAUUGCUCUGACUAUAAGCAACCGUCACUGCUCCAUCUGAGCUGCUACCACAAGGGGGAGAAGGCAGUCUACCAGUUUGCCAUAGCCUUGGACACAGAGUGGCGAGAUGGGACCUACUACUAUGGUGGAGAGGACUCAGUGAUGGUGCAGCUCACACCGACCUAUCGACCUCUCAAACAUGGUCCCAAGUUAGUCUCCCUCAAUGAAAAGCAGCGUGGAUUUCCCACUGGACUGCGUGUAUUGGGUACUGAUGGAUCAGUGCUCUUGAAUGUGCAGCCUUCACUCAGUGAUGCUUGCUUCCUAGGGAAGGAGAUGGUUGUGGAGUGUGUGGAGGUGUGGGGUUGUGGAGGUGUGGAAGCCAUAGAGUCUCAGCGACGAAUGAAAGAAUGGGAAAAACGACAAAUUAAUCUCAGAAGAAAAGUCAAGAGGGAGCAUUUGGUGGAGACGUGGGAGAGCAGUCCUGAUCGCUACCUCCUGGAGAUGGGCGGAGUCACUACGAGGAGACCAACUGAACAGUAACAACAUUGACCUCUCUUGAACUGUCAUUGAACCCUGUGCUGUUAGGAUUGUGUGUGUGUGUUGUUUUUAUACUGUCUAUAUGGACGCAUUGUGUGUGUGUUUGUUUUUAUACUGUCUAUAUGGACGCAUUGUGUGUGUGUUGUUUUUAUACUGUCUAUAUGGACGCAUUGUGUGUGUGUUGUUUUUUUAACUGUGAAUUUAUUAUUGGAUAAGGCAAAGAAGAUAUGUAAAAAAUUUGCCAAAAAAUUA